UUAUACGGUAUCGUCUCUGUUAGUGAUACUCCUUUUCAUGAAUUCACACACGUAAUUAAAGCUGGGCAAUCAUAGAAAUUAUAUGUUGAAACAUGACUAUUUCGUCGGAAUCAUUUACUUACCUUGCUUGUGCAGGAGUUUGCAUGCAACUCCUGACUUAAUCCGAGUUUGUAUACACGUGUUUCGUUUGGGUUGUUGGCUAUCCUGGACAGUUAUUGUUUUGUCCGAUUGUUUAUAGUAUGGUUGUGCGUGGAUUUGUGUAUGGUUAUUAGUGCACUUAACUUUUGAAGUGAUUGUAUAAACUUUUUGUAUGUAUGCCUCCGAACAUUAACGUCCGUUUGAAAGCAGGAUGGCAGAUACAGAUCGUUACGGGAAAGUGAGAAUGUCAGUGGACCAGUCACAAAGUUUAGAUUCAAUCGCCACCAAACGUAGAAGUAGUUCCCGUUCGAUAAAACGACGUCGGUUUGAUGAUGAGCUUGUGGAAUCCAGUCUUGGGACUGCGGGCUCCUUGGGAAAAGUGGCAAGAGCUCGAGCCCAGUCAAUAUCCAGCCCUGGAUUAGAGGCAAUGAGUUCUGCUGCGACUACUCCGGCCAGUACUGUCACUCCUUCCUCGACUGUGUCCGUGCCAACCGAAAAUCGGCAGAGGCGUACGGGCGGUUCGGCCAGUGGACGCACAGGGGGCUCAGCCGGUAGUCGUCGCAAUAAGAGGCCGCGUCAUUCCCAUUCAGUCGCCACGAAGGAUCUCGGUCGUUGGAAGCCUACUGAUGAUCUUGCUCUGAUUACCAAUGUUCAGCUGACCAGUGAUUUGCGUACAGUGCACCGAGCUACUAAGUUCUCGUGCCGCUUCACUGUGCAAGAAAUCCAGCAGCGCUGGUACGCCUUACUGUAUGACCAAGCUGUCUCACGUGUCGCUGUGGCUGCCAUGCGAAAUCUCCACCCUGAAAUCGUAGCAGCUGUUCGCAGCCGUGCUCUUUUUAGCAAGGCUGAAGAGCAGUUGCUGCAGACCAUUAAAUCGGCUUCAAAUCCCACAAUUGACGUAUUUCAAGAAUUGCUGGAGCAAAAUGCCCAAGUAUUUUAUCCAGCACGGACAGCAAAGUCACUUUACAAUCACUGGAACUUGAUGAAGCAGUAUCAUCUCCUACCUGAUCAGACUGUUCAAGCUGUUCCAAGGGGUGAGCAUGUGUUAAACUUCUCAGAUGCUGAAGAUCUGAUACAAGAUGGUGAUCUAGGAGAUCCUCCAGAUGAGGCAGUCGAAUUUGAAUUAGCGAGGUCCGAUAGGUUGAUUAAGAAAGAAAUCCGUUCUCUGGAGAAUGAGAUGGGAAACUGGCAAGUUCUUGUAGACUCAGUAACUGGUAUUAGUCCUCCCGAUUUUGACAAUCAAACCUUAGCUGUUUUGCGUGGACGGCUUGUAAGAUAUCUAAUGAGAUCUCGAGAAAUUACAAUGGGUCGAACAACGAAAGACAGCAGUGUGGACGUAGAUCUUUCGUUGGAGGGCCCAGCGUGGAAGAUAUCUCGACGACAGGGUACCAUUAGGUUACGGAACAAUGGAGAUUUUUUCCUGUCUAGUGAGGGGAAAAGGCCGAUAUACGUCGAUGGCAGACCGAUACUUGCAGGCAAUAAGUAUCGACUGAACAACAAUUCUGUUAUUGAAAUUGCGGGUCUUCGCUUCAUCUUCCUUGUUAACCAGGAGCUGAUCAACGUGAUUCGCCAUGAGGCAGCUAGACUCAAUCUCCAGCCAUAAUAAUUUAUUGUGUGUGUGUGUGUGUGUGUGUGUGUGUGUGUGUG